AUGUCCAACGCCGAGCUCGCUAACGCUUACGCCGCUCUCAUUCUCGCGGAUGAGGGCAUCGAAAUCACUUCCGACAAGCUCACGACCAUCAUCAAGGCUGCCGGUGUCCCCGAGGUCGAGCCCAUCUGGUCAAGCCUCUUCGCUAAGGCUCUCGAGGGCAAGGACGUCAAGGACAUGCUCCUGAACAGGAGAAAGAGGAGUCCGACGAGGAUAUGGGCUUCGGUCUGUUCGACUAAAUGCGCCAAUGUCUUUCACAUGCUCGCCAUCCUCUCAACGACCUUCGACGAAGUCUACAGCGCUACACCGUGUAUGGAUGCGCCAGAUCUGCGCAUACCUGGCGCCAUUGAAUUGCGGUCGAUGGUCACGACAUAUGUGAACGCAUGA